AUGUCCCAAAGUUCACAAGGACAGUACAAGUUGGCAAAGUUUGCUUUUAAUAUCUAUGGAUCAUUAGGAACUCCCCAGUCAAAUGAAUCUAUCUCGCCGAGCUCCUCAUUAAAUUCGAGAAAUUCAAAACAACUCCCUGUCCAUUUCGGCGAUAAGGUUGAUCAAAAACCAGUUUUCACUUGCGAACGUGAAACUCAAGCUUUGUCGCAGCUCAAUUGUGGUGUACAAAUCAGUAAUUACAACAAUGGAAAUGAACUUCGACAUCAUGCAGUAAUUGGAGGGAAAAACUACCUUCGGUUAUUAUGCUUGAAUGAGGACCAACUGAGAGUUUUGCAAGAGAUCAACUUGCUAGAUACCAAAUCAAUAUACACCUCAAGAGCUCCAAAUAAACUAAACAACAUAAACACUAUUAGAACGUAUUCAAACACCGUUGCCUGUGGACUUGCAAAUGGGACGAUCUCACUAUACAAGGUUUUACCAUCAGGACAAAGUAAACUACAGGCAAGACUAUUAGAGCACAAGCGUUGUAUAAACUCACUUGACUUUAUUGAUUCGGAAAGUGUUCUUGUAUCUGGUUCUCAAGAUGGAAGUAUCAAGCUAUGGGAUAUACGAGCUUCAGUGGCCAAACCUGUGUUAUCCUUGCACGCGGCAUUGCAUAAUGAUCCUAUUAGAGCGUGUCAGUACAGCCAACACUCAGCAGUUAGGAACAAAAUAUGUAUAUUGUCGGUGCAUGAUUCUGGAGCCUUGUGUAAGUUUGAUUUGCGUACCAGUCUAGCGAACAAUGCACACACUCCAGACCGUAAAUGGAACUUACAUUCCGGACCAGUUUUGUCUUUGAAUAUACACCCAGAAAAGGAAUACGUUGCAACUGGUGGUAGAGAUCAAAAAAUUUGUAUUUUCAAUUAUAGUGACACUCAAUCUUCAACGAGGACAUCCCCUGAAUCAAUGAUAAACACGUACGGAUCAAUCUUGAAAGUACGCUGGAGUCCCUAUUCAAAUUAUGGUUACAAAAAGGGCGAAUUCGAAGAACGAAAUGCAAACCCUUUGUCAAAUUACGAUAUUGCUUGUCUGUACCUCAAUGACGAUCCUACAAUCACUACAUUCAACUUGGAUCGAAAGUUUAUUCCCAAGCGAGUCAUUCAUUCUUAUGAGCAAAAGCCUGUUUCUAACUUUGUAUGGGCACAAAAUGAGGAAAAUUGUCACAAAAUCUGGGCAUUAACCAAAGCAAAUGUGUUUACAACGUACAACCUAGAUCUGCAGCGUGAUCCUGAUGUUAAUCGACCCUUGGAUGAUUUGAACAGCAUUGCAAUGACCUGGGGUUCGAGUGAAAAUUUCAUAAUGGUCAAUCAGGAUAAACACCAUUUUAACAUUAGUGAGGAAUCGGGAACUGAGAUAUAUGACCUGGGAGACGAACGCAGUCACUUUAACGAUUAUGAUGAUGCAGAGUUACUGGCAAAUUCACUCGCGGCUUCUCCUGUUGAAAAGCCACUGCUUAUCAGGUCGUAUUCGUAUAAUCCAAUGCUGCAACUAGGUGCAAAGUCACCACCUCCAAUAUCGAGACACAUGAAUUCUUUCGAUCCACCCACUUCUUCAGGGUCGGCCUUUGGAGGUAGACGUCCAGCACUAACUAGAAACCCAUCACAAGAAUCCUCGACUUCAUUUGGUUCUGCUCCUCCUGCUGCUGCUAUAAAGGCAAAGAAAGGGUCAAAGAAUAACAUUCCAUUCUAUUCUCCAUAUGCUCUUCCUGUAACGUUGCCGUUACCGUCAAACGAUGAAUACAUAUUCCAAACCUUGUCGAUUGAUUAUUUGAUGUCGAUUCCCGAUGGGUUUGGUAUAUUUGACGUCUGUGUGUUUAAUGCAAAUGUGGCAGAUAGCGCUGGACUUCAUCGAACUUGCCAAGUAUGGAGAAUGCUAGCUUCAAAUCUUCCACUGGGGUUAGUUAAGAACGCGGAGCAUUACACUGAAGAGCCAAACGAGGCAGUAGGGGCUCCUCUUGAACACACAAACUCGCUGUCUCACAUAGAUCAAUCUAUCCAAUCAGAUUUGGGCAACAUAAUUGGUUCCUUUAACUCAAACUCCACUCAAGCAAACAAUUAUGGAAACAAUUUGGAAAAACGAACUAGUGACAAUGCAUCUCAUUGCAUGUCUUCUCUGGCUAGAAAUAGCCGUACCAAUAGCUUCACACAAUUAAGGGAUGCGCAGGACGAUUUUCUCAGUCAGCAUGCAAAGUCCAGGCCAAUUCUGAUCAAUUCUGAAAAACAAUUGACCGAUUUUCAAAAGGAGAACGUCGAUUUGAUGAGCGCAGCUUUUCCUACCUCGAGUCCGAAUUCGUUGGGAUCCAACCAUUUGAGUGUCGGAUCCAUAUCGAAAUCUCCAAGAAGUGGAAUACCCCACAAGAUGCAACCAGAAGACCUUGCUGUUGCAAAGCUUCCGGUGGGAGACAAUGGCACUUCAAGUGAUGGCAUGAUGGUUCAAGAAUUAUACUUAACAACUUCAUUGGCUACUGGUGAGACAAGAACUUGGGGUUUUGAAAAUUUGUUACGAAAGUCACUCGAUUAUGCACAAUUACAAGGCGAUGUUAUAUUUUGUGCCAUCGCGAGUCUUUUGUUUUUUGAACUAAGUACAGUUGUUGCAAAGGAAGAAUGCUUGGAUUGGCUUCUGACGUAUAUUGAUAUUUUACAAAGAAAACAACAAUUCGUUAUUGCAACAAAAGUGAUAAACUCUGCCCCAUUGGUGAUACAACAAGAAUUGACAAAGCAGUACACAUCAGAUUUGAUCAGGCUCUAUUGUUCGUCUUGUUCUAAAUUGUUGGCCAACGAAGAAUCCAAGCACAGAGAAAAGGGUAAAUUCGGAUACUGGUACUGCGAUGCAUGUCACAAAAAACAACUGAAUUGUAUUUAUUGUGAUGAACCUAGUAAAGGGCUAGUAGUUCUCGUGAGUCUAAAAUGUGGUCACCGUGGACAUUACGGUUGUUUGAAGGAAUGGUUUGUUGAAGAUGGAAAUAUCGAGUGUCCUGGUGGUUGUGAUUUCAAAGUUUUAUAG